AUGGUUUUGAAGUUUGUUAUGGAAGGAUAGAUAUUACGGUUACGUUAAGGUCGUUAGGAUGAUAUUGUUUGUGAGGAGUAUUGAGGUAGUUAGGAUGAUUUUGUUUGUGAGGAGUAUUGAAGUAAGGGGCAUUGACUAUUUUUCGAAGGAGUUUGGAUUGUAAGGACAGGAUACGAGAGGAAUUCGUUUUUUUUUUAGAG